AUGGCUAAAAAACACAAACAACUUCGUCAAAGGAAAAAAAAAACAAUUUUUAAAAAGGAAGUAACAAAAACAGAAAAAAGCACCAAAAAAACGAUAAAUAAAGCUUGCGAAGAAAAUGACUUAAAAGCCCUUCGAAACUUAGCUUGUUCCGAGGGUUUUCUUUCCAAUUCAUUACGGAGUAGUUGUUGGGCCAAAUUAUUAAAAGUUGGAAAGAUAAGCCGUGAAAAUAGAAUUGAAGAAAAUCAUAAGGAUGAAGAUCAAGUUUUGCUUGAUGUUGAACGAUCAUUCAAAUCCCAACUCAAAAAGAAAAAAGAAGAACUUAAGGAUGUUAUUAUUGGAAUUUUGCGUAGAAACCCUAAACUUUCAUAUUAUCAAGGAUUUCAUGAUGUAUGUGCGACAUUAUUACUUGUAUUGAAAGAAAAGGAACAAACAAUAAGAAUAGGAGAAAAUAUUGCAAUUCAAUUACCCCUUGUUUUUGAUAUUAUUCGUUUUGAAGAUGUCGAAUUGGCUGAUUUUAUUAAGCAAUCAAGUGUAAUGUCACAUUUUUGUAUUAGUUGGGUAAUCACUUGGUGUAGUCACGAUAUUCACGAUUUUCCCACAGUAGUUCGUCUUUUUGAUCUUUUCAUAGCAUCGGAUCCAUUGAUGCCAAUUUAUUUUUCUGCAAUGGAAAUUUUGAUGCAAGAAUGUGAAUUUUCUACUAUUCAUUCUUUCAUAUCCAAAAUUCCUCAAGAUGCUAAUUUCGAUGAUAUUAUAUUUAAAACCGUACAAUUGUUUCAGAAUUUUCCACCACAUUCAUUACUGAAAAAAUCAAAUACUCGGUUUCUUGAAAUGAAUAAAUGGAUCACCGAUAAACCUUUAAGUUAUAAUAUGGUUGAUGAAAUCUUAUCAAUACCUUUAUCAAAGAGAAUUGAGGAAUCCCAAAAUCAAUCAUUGUUUUAUAAUAAUCCACGUGGAAUUAUUAUGAUUGUGGUGAUCGUAAUGAUCGCAAUAAUGAUUUAUUGGUUAUUAUUAAUCAAUAAGUGA